UCUGAAAACUUAAAAAUGGAAAAAUAGUAAAUGUAAACAAAUCACGUUCAAAUUCUCAAAAAUGAAGAGACCUGUGUUUCGGAAAAUUCGAAUAUAUAAAUUUAGUAUUAAUCGGUUGUACAUACGAAAUCGUCGAUCUUGUAGUGAAUGAUAACUUAAAGUUCAGAAAUUUUUAGUGACUCAAAUGGAUUAAACAAAUCAAAUAUUGUUAAUUUAAAAAAGAGAUGUACAAACAAAAUGUACCAUUACUUUAUUAAGAGUACAAAUGAAGAAAAUGUGAUAUUCUAGAAAUAUAUAAUAUAUAAAUGAAAUCCAUAGCGAAUGUGCAUACGUAAAUUUGUGUGCAACAACAUUAUUCAUUGAUAUUUUAAAAUAAUUUCGGCUUACUGAAUUUAUUUGAGAGCUAUCGGUAAAAUGGCCUCCAACAUAUCAUCUACGAAAGACAAAGCAUCUGGCGUAGAAUUAUUUGAAGGGUAUUCAGACGAGCUUUUAAUGUUUGCUUCCGUAGCUUGUAUUAUAUUCAUGAUCGUGGGUAUACCUGGAAACAUGAUUAACAUUAUGGCGCUAGCGAGAGGAAAGCAGACCCGGAAUUCAACGGCAAUUUUUAUAAUGAAUUUAUCUUCGUCGGACUUACUUUUUGAUUGCUUCAAUCUGCCAUUGGCGGCAUCUACAUUUUUGAGGAGAUCCUGGAUACAUGGUGAACUUCUUUGCAGGUUUUUCCCACUAAUGCGUUAUGCUUUAUUAGCCGUUUCGCUAUUUACCGUGUCACUCAUUACCAUUAACAGAUACGUUAUAAUCGCACACCCACGACAGUACUCACGAAUCUAUCAACGUCGCUACUUGGGCUUAAUGAUUGCGGGUACAUGGAUAACAGCGUUCUCAAUAAUGAUACCAACUUGGCGCGGCGUAUGGGGUAGAUUUGGUUUAGAUACAACUAUUGGCUCCUGUUCAAUUUUACUUGAUGAAAAUGGUCAUACUCCAAAAGAGUUCCUUUUCAUUGCAGCAUUUAUGGUUCCUUGUAUUUGCAUUAUGGUUUGUUACGCAAGAAUUCUGUACCUCGUACGUAAGACGGCAUUCAGGCAUAGAGAACCUCCACCUAAAAAUAUUAUUUACCAAAAUGAACUACCCAUUUCAAAACUACCCAAUAUUGUAAAGAACCAUACAGACGGUCAAAAUAGUGAUUUGAAAAACACAAAAGUAGCAGAUUCGUCACCUGCAAUGAAACCAUUUGACGUUUACGAAGAUUUAGAGUAUAUUGAUGUAAGCGAUUCAAAUGAUAAUGGACCGGAAUGCGAUGGAAUAGUCAAAGUUAACAGUGGUAAUGCCAAGAUCAAUCAAACAGACUUUUCGAAGGAGGUACAAAAUAUGAAAGAAACCCCCAAAGAAUCGCUUAAGUCAGAAGUUACAGGAGGCGACACAAAGAAAACUCAAGACCAUAAAGCAUUCAUAACUACCUCUCUAAAAACAUCGUUCAACAGAAUUACGCCUAGGAAAAGUCAGUACGUUUCUAUGGGAAAUACAUCGAAUGCUUCCUCCAUAUAUCCUGGAAGAAUGAGCCAAAAAGAUCGACGAUUAUUAAAAAUGAUUUUGGUUAUUUUUAUAUCUUUUGUUUUCUGCCAUUUGCCAAUAACAAUUACAAAAAUUUGGAAAGGCUCGUCAGACUUACAUAUUGUUAAUAUAAGUGGAUAUUUACUUAUUUAUUUAACCACCUGCAUAAAUCCCAUUAUUUAUGUUCUGAUGUCAAAUGAGUACAGGCAAGCGUAUUGGAAUUUAUUGCGAUGCCGGCAGAAAGCGUAGGCUGCCAAUACUGUUAGAUUAUAUUUGCAGCAUUGCAACAUGCUAAUUAGUGUACUUACAUAUAUACAUUAGUUGUAUUGUAUUUAUAUUGACUCAACAUGCACCCCUUGCCAAAAAAAAAAACAAAA